GCAGCAUAUGUGAUGAGUCAAAAGAUUGCAUUAAAACUUUUUGCAGUUAGAUCGGGUAGCUAUUUACUUAAGUAUUUAGUAGUCUUAUGACAAAGGACCCCCAAGAUGCCUGCUGGUUCCAGACUUGGUGCAUUGGUACCACUUGCCAUGCAGUAGCAGAGAGAACAGUCUGAUAUGGGUGGCUGGAAUUUUACUUCUGGGUAACCAAAAUUAGUGUUAGGUUGAACCGGGAUGUGGACAUGAAAUUAGGGCUAGGGAAAACAACAUCACAUACCUGUCAGCAUCAUUGUGAACAGUGCCCUGGAUAAUGACUAUCUCGCCAGGGUGUAGGCCCCCAGGUAUGGCCCCAGUGAACGGAAUCGCCUGAAUGGAGAGGAGGUUUUACUCCGAGGAACCCGAACUUAUUCCUCGGGAGCUUCGCAGACCCCCACCUAUCAAGCCUCCCCCGGACGGAGGAUGGGGAUGGGUGAUUGUCUUUUCAUCGUUCCUCUAUAAUGUCCUGGUACUGGGAUACCACAACUCCUUCGGAGUGUACCUCAUCAGUCUCCUCAAAGAGUUUGGGGAGACAAGUUCUAAAACAGGCAAGUUACCCUAAACUUCACAAUCACAUUUGGCCCGUUUAUCCAACCUGGUCUCAGAGGUUUUCGUAUUCCACCCAACAUCAUAGUGAAAUGUAGUAUUAGGCUACACACUGUAAACUCUACUGUUGCAACUAGACAUUUCAACAACUAUUUUGUAUUAGCUGCAAAGUGAUUGUGAUCAUGAAAUUAGAUGUCUAAACGUUAAUAAACCUGUAAUAAACAUGUUAAACAAGUAGUUACCUUCAACUGCAUGAAUGACCUGCUGUUGUACCUACUGUAUCACAUCAAUCAGAAGAUUGCUUACAGAUGCAUAGAAUAGAUACACUGAAAUCUGCUAGCUACCUAACCUAUGCCCUACUUUCUGCUGUCCUAUAGCAUGGGUUGGCUCCAUCAGCUAUGGCUUCAUCAUGGUCUGUGGGCCCCUGUCUGGGAAGCUGACAGUCAGGUACGGAGCCAGAGAGAUAUCCAUCCUAGGAUCCCUCAUCAUCAUGAUCUCCACAGUGUGCUCGUCCUACGCACCCAAUCUAGGAACACUGUUCUUCACACACGGCUUCCUCACUGGAGUGGGCUCCAGCUUUGCCUUCACCCCAGGUAUGAUCAUGGUUAGCCAGUACUUCACCACCAAGCGUUCCCUGGCCACGGGGAUAGUGAUGUCAGGGGGAGCAGCAGGGGCCCUGGUCCAGACUCGGCUCCAUCUGUUCCUCAUAGACGUCCUGGGUUGGAGGCAGAGUCUCCGAGUGUUCUCAGGUCUCAUGAUUAUUUGUGUCAUCACCGGCUUCACCUACCUGCCACUCAACCCCAAAGGUUACACCAGAAGUGUGGUGGAUAAUUUGAAGAACUCUCCCUUGAAGAAGUUUGUUGUGGACCUUGGCCUGUGGAAAGACAAAAUAUUUCUGAUAUGGGUUGCAGCCAAUGGACUGUGUAAAUUUGGAUUCUUCAUUCCAUAUGUCCACUUGGUGAAGCAUGCGGUUCAGCUGGGCAUCCCCGUCCACAGUGCCACUAACAUCAUGCUGUUCCUAGGCUUGACUAGCAUGGUCAGCCGGAUCAUCUUCGGCAGGAUCUGUGAUUCAGAGAGAAUCAACAGGCUCUACAUCAACCAGGCCUCUGUCUUCGGUGUGGGUCUGCUGUACAUGUUGAUCCCACUGCUCCAUUCCUACGGCUCUCUGGUGGCCUUCGGCCUGUUCCUGGGGAUCGCUGAUGCUGGCAACUACAUCCUGCUCCCUGUCCUGACCUUUGACCUGAUGGGGGCCGAGAAGAUGCCCGUGGCCUGGGGGUUCAUGCUCACGGUCAACGCGGUCAGCUGCUUGGGGCCGCCCUUUGCUGGUUGGGUGAAUGACAUGACAGGAAGCUACAACUUGGGCUUUGUGGUUGCCGGGGCGUUGAACGUGGCAGCCUGUUUUGUCUUGGCCUUGAUCCCCAUAGCCAAGAGGUCAACCAGACAGACAUGCAAGAGUAUCAUGAACGUCACCAUCGACCGCUCCACACAGGAAAUCACGCAGUGGGCCGACAACCUGCCUCCUAUCGCUGAGGAGGAGCCACCAGUGUCCAAAUAUGUGAACUACUUCUCUACAACUACGUUCCGUAGUCCAGAGAUUACCGAGAGUAGACCUGAGGUGUACAGAGGAGAUGAUGCCGAAACCGCAGGACCUGCUGAAGUCACCCGGCUAUAGCAACAACACCAAGCAUCACAACCCCUUCUGCCUCAUCAGGAGAGAUAAAUGUUGUAUCUUUUCACUUAGGGGAGCAAAUACAAUAAUGUAUCAAUACAGUGUUGGCUGGUAUUCUUAUAGUGAAUUAAUCUGUUUUCAUUUAAGAGAGAAAUGACAAGCGCAUGACUUGUUAGUCAUUGUCCAGUAGGUGGCGCUUCUGUACCAAGUGAAAAUAAAAGUCUGUCAGAGCACUGCUCGUCAGCAAUGAUAAUUAAGGACCUCUCCCUCCAUACUGCAAGACACAUUCUAUAGAAAAUGACAGUGUCACUU